AUGGCGUCAAUGGCGGCAGUGGAGAAAUCAACCGCCGCGAGUGUCCAAACCAUCGCCCAGUCCAACCCGCCCCAAGUCCCUCCCCAGUACAUCCAACCCCCUCAAACCCGACCCUUUUGCUCCUCCGCUCGCGCCCCCGCCGCCAACAUUCCCGCAAUCGACCUGUCCGGACUCGAUCCGACCCACCGGGACCGGGUCCGGGUCCGGGCCCAGAUCGGGCGGGCUUGCAGGGACUGGGGGGCCUUCCACGUCACCAACCACGGAGUCCCCAGCUCUCUCCUCGACCGCGCUCGCGCCGUGGGCUCGUCCUUCUUCGGGGAUUCCUCCAUGGACGAGAAGCUCGCGUACGCUUGCGACCCGAGCUCCUCUGCCACGGAGGGAUACGGAAGCCGGAUGCUCGAGAACGACGACUCGGUAUUGGACUGGAGGGACUACUUCGAUCACCACACUCUGCCUCUCUCUCGUCGCGACCCCUCUCGCUGGCCCAGUUCGCCUCCUGAUUACAGAGAAGUUAUGGCUGAGUACAGUGAUCGAAUGGGGUUGCUGGCGAAGCAGCUACUAGGCCUAAUUUCGGAAAGUUUGGGAUUGCCAACUUUGUGCAUCGAGCAUGCGGUGGGGGAGUUCUACCAGAACAUUACAAUUAGCUAUUACCCUCCGUGCCCGCAACCAGACCUGACUCUUGGUCUGCAAGCACACUCCGAUAUGGGCGCGAUCACCCUUUUGAUCCAGGAUGAUGUUGGGGGACUUCAGGUUUUGAAGGAUGGGGAAUGGGUCACAGUCGAGCCGUUGUCAGACGCCAUUGUUGUCCUUUUGGCUGAUCAAACUGAGGUUUUUACCGUUUCUCUUGGAUUCUUGUUGUCAAUGCGUUGCUUGAUUAUCCAUGCUGUUUUAAAGAAUCUAAAAUCAGCAUAAUCUUCUUGCUUAGUGCUUACAUGUAUCUUUCGGUUCAUAUUGAUGAAUUGAUGUUGGAGUUUCAUGAUCAGGGCAAAUCAUUAUUGUCAAGUAGAGGCAUUUAAAUACUUUUUGACAAGAUGCAAAUUCAGAAACUUCUUAUUCUUUUCAAACUGCUUAAGAAGAAAAUAAAUUUUUAAGUGCUUCUUUCUAGUCUUCCAAAACUUUCUAACUGCUGUUCCAAAGGUGCAGCGAAUGCUUGCUUCCUUAGCAUUUGCUUGAUGAUUCAAUUGCUUGUCGAAUAAAGUUAGUGGUCUAGGUAACUUUCGGUACCUUUAAAGAUAGCAUCCAUUUACACUUGUCAAAAAAAGCAAAAAGAAUGAUUGAAUCCUGUUACACUGUGUUACCCGAUUGGUUUGGGGAGUCUGAAACUUGAAUACACUAUUAUUGACAUUGUUCUCCCAAAAAAGAUGGGGUUAUCUUUUGCCUUUAGUUAUGGAGUAUUUUAUAUCAAAGAGGUAGCUACAUUACUUAUGCUGUCCUCAUUGGUUACUAUGAAGACAUGAGAGGAUGGAUACUCCGCCAGAUAAAGCAAGUUUCUCCCAAAUUUAUGGUUUGUAUAUGCAUAUAUGAAGCUGUUUUAUUGUGAUAAGUUGCUCUUUCAUGCAUCCCUUCAGUUUAGUACAUUAUCAUUAGUUGGUGUGUGUAUGACAUCUUUUGUUACCGAUUCCUGAGUUGUACCCAGUGAUUUAGCUCACAAUAACACAACCCAAUAAAACGACUAUUGAUACCUGAGUUUAUUACCCAAGAUUUCAAUUCAUUCCUUGGACUUCUGAUUGGAUUGUCUUUU